CGAGCUCAGGAGCUAUGGCCUACCCAGCCGUGUUCUGGCAGCAGCAGGAGCAAAUUCUAGGAGCACUGGCAGUGCAAACACAGCUACAGCCACCAGGAACAACAGCAGCAGCAGGAGGAGCAGGUUCGGGAGCAGGAGCAGGGUCGGGAGCAGGAACGGGAUCAGGAGCGGGAGCAGCAGCAGCAGCAGGAGCCCCGGGAGUGACGGCACCACAACCCCCACCUUACCAGAUCUACUCCUUCUCCCCUUCCUCCUCCUACGGAACCCUCCCCUCUCUCAUCCCCUGUGCUCCUCCUUCCGGCAUCAUCCCACCUCCGUACUUCGCCCCAGCUUUCCCCCCUCCUUUAGUUUAUCCGGGAAAUCUCAGCCAUAGCAGCAGCACGGGCAGCACUGGCAGCAGCUACAGCAGAGGAGGGGAGGGAGGUGGGGGAGGGAGAGGAGGAAGAGGAGGGGGAGGAGGAGGGGGAGGAGGCGGCGAGAGAGCAGGAGAACAAGGGGGUAGCAGGAGUUUUGGUGACAGAACAGGGAUUGGCAUGGGAGUAGGAAGUAGUGGUGGCGGCGGUGGUGGUCGUGGUGGUGGUGGUGGUGGCGAUGGUGCCUGUGGGUUUAGUGGGAUUCGGCAAUUUUGGGAUGGUUCAGGGAAGUUUCCCCCAGUGUACCCGCAACGGCCGGGGGAACAGGAAUGCGCGUAUUACAUGCGCACGGGCAGCUGUGCGUAUGGGUCUCGGUGUCGGUUCAACCACCCUCCUAGGCUGGAGGUGAUGCAAGCGCUGCUCCCAGCCGCGCCCUAUCCGCAGCGACCAGGGCAAUCUGAGUGCAAAUACUAUCUAAAGACAGGGACCUGCAAGUACGGAGCCUCCUGCACAUUCCACCACCCCCUGGUCCUACCGGCUCCCUACUCCCCCCACCUGCCGCUCAACACCCUCGGCUAUCCGCUACGCCCGGGAGAAACCGAGUGCUCGUUCUUCCUUCGCACGGGGCGGUGCAAGUUUGGAGCAACGUGCAAGUUCCACCAUCCAGAGCCGUCCCAGCAGCUACAACCGUCCCAGCAGCUACAGCCGUCCCAGCAGCCGCAGCUGCCUGGAAAGGAAGACACCAGCAGCGGUAGCAGCGUCAGGUGUGCCGGAACUGAUGCUCUUAUCGAGUCUGUUACUACUGGAGAGGGGCUGGAGGGUGCGACGCCAGAGAAGGGGAGGCUGGAAUCGAUCCCAGUGGCUGCUGCUGAGGGGAUGGCGCCUCAGAAAGAUGGUCAGAGUGGGGGGAUGGGAGGAUUUGGGGUAGAGAGUCUAAGACUGCAUGGGGGAGGAGGAGGGAGUGGGAAAGAGGCGAGGGAUGAGAAGGGAGAGGGAGAAGGGAAGGGAGAAAGAGAUGGAGGCAGGUGUAAAGGGUCAGGUGAUUUGUCAGGUGAAAUUUCAGGUGAAAAGUCAGGUGAAGGCGUAGGAGUCAAAGAAUCCGCUAUUCCAGGCAUGGUUGGGGGAAGGAUGGAAGAUUCAGAAAGCAUAGUAGCGGGGCCAACAGCAGCAGAAGGGAGCGAAAUCAAAGAGGGAGGAGGAGCACCAGGAGGAUCUGGGACGAAGGAGGAAGGUGGAGUGUCUAGGGGGCAGGGGGGCAGCUCCCACGGGCCUGUUGUUGAGUCGUCUCAAAUGCAAGGGGGCAAAGGGCAGGUGCAGAAGAAGAAGCGGCAGCAGAGGCAGCAACAGCAGCAGCAGUAUCAGCAGCAUCAGCAGCAGCAUCAGCAGUAUCAGCAUUACCAGCAGCAGCAGCAGUACCUGCACUAUCAACAGUACCAGCAGCAACAAUACCAGCAGCACCAGUACCAGUACCAUCCCGUGAGCAGCAACAGCAGUAGCAGCAGCAGCACCACCACCACCACCUGGCCCUUGCACCAGCCCAAUCAAGGGGCGGGAGUUGUGCAUACCCCGAGCAUUGGCACAGGCAUGGGCAUGGGCAUGGGCAUGGGUAUGGGUAUGGGUACCGGCAUGGGCGUAAUGGGAGGAAGCAUGAAUCCGGGCUCUAGUGGUCACAUGGGUAUGGGCAUGGGCAUGGGUGUAGACACUGCAGGUGCACCGGGGAUGCUUUACCCAUACGCGCCAUCUGGUCCCUACAUGACGUCAUCCGUCCCAUACAUGACGUCGUCAGGUCCCUACAUGGCGUCAUCUGGCCCAUACAUGACGUCAUCAGCCCCCUAUGCAUCGUCAGCUGUUCCCUACCCUCCAUAUUCCCACUACCCUUACCCUCACUACCCUACCUCUCAACCCUCUGCUAGUCAUUCAUUCGCAUCUGUUGCUCCUGCUGUUCCUCCUCCUCCCUCCUCUUCUCCUGCUCCCGCCCCCACCGCUGCCCCCACCGCUGCCCCCACCGCUGCCCCUUCGUUCCCUCCUGCUUCUUGGCCUGCUGCUCCUUCUGCUCCUGCUUCCAUGGCCCCUGAAGUCACCGCCACCACUAAUCCUCCCUUCCCUCUGAUGCCCGCCCCAUCCUUCCUCCCACCGGCACCGGCACCAGCACCAGCACCAGCACCAGCACCAUUGGCACCUGCCACCGCUGGUGCUCUUCAGCCCAUAUACCCCCCCUUCCCCCCUCCCUCUUACCAUCCUUCCCAUCCCUUCGCACACUCCUCGUCUCUCUCUGCUACCCCCCCUCCUCACCCUCCUACCCUCCCUUUUGCACCUGAAGCCACAGUUCAGCCUGUCAGUCAGGUGUCAUCUGGUGUAGGUGUAUCUGGUGCGGGGUCGGCUGGCGUAGGUCUUUCUGCUGAAGGUGCAUCUGGUGAACCUGUAUCUGGUAUGGGGGAAACUGGUACAGGUGCAUCUGCUGUAGGUGUAUCUGGUGUAGGUGCAUCUGCUGGUGUAGGUGCAUCUGGUGUAGGUGUAUCUGGUACAGGUGCUUCCCCCCUGCUUGGACCACCCCACUCCCUUCCUGGACAGGGCGGUGCUAUAGUGCAGAUGCAACAGCAGCAGCCUCAGCAGUUUGAUACCCAUCAUCAGCAGCACCAGCAGAUGCUAUUGCAGCCUCAGCAGCAGCAGCAGCAGCAGCAGCAGCAGGCACGGCAGGACACGCCGAACCUACCAGAGAGGUUCGGGCAGCCGGUCUGCCAGUACUACAUGCGAACCAGGACGUGCAAGUUCGGAGCAUCGUGCCGGUACCAUCAUCCGAAGAAUGGCCAGGCCUAAGUGAGGAUCCUAACUGGGAGAUAGACGCGAGAAUCGCAGUUAAAUUGCAGCAGCAGCAGCAGCAACGGCAGCAGCAGCAGCGGCAGGAGCAGCAGCAGCAGCAGGAGCAGGAGCAACUUACUGACUUGAGAGAGUUUGUGUGCGUUGCGUCACUGCCGCAGAGGCUCAGGCAGGUGGUACUACUACACGCGAACCAGGACGUGCAAGUUGACUUUUGAGUCGACUCAAAAGUCUGCCGCAGAGGCUUAGGCAGGUGGUACUACUACAUGCGAAGCAGAACAUGCAAGUUCGGAGCAUCGUGCCAGUACCACCAUCCGAAGAAUGGCCAGGCCUACACGAGGACUCAAGCUGGGAGUUAGACGCGAGAGUUGCACGCAGACAACGGUGGUGGAAAUUAGAGGGAUUGCCGAUGUCACCAUCCGAAGAAGAGUCAGGCCUAAACGAAGACUCCAGCUGGGAGUUCGACUCCAGGGUUGAAGGUAACGGUGGUGGGAGAUAGAGGGCUUGCCAUGCGUUAGAGGGAUAUCAUAGGGGCCUUGCUUUCAUUAUGGGUAGAAGGUGUUCUUGCGGUAGGGUCGGGUUGACGUUUUUUCAAUUACUGUAGCCUUUUUCCCUUAGUGAGUAGCUGGAACGGUUGGUAACAGAUAAUAUGCGCAAACUCAAGGGCAAACCUUCUCAGAGUAGCAGAAUGAUUAGAACAAGGGAGUAUAGGAGAGGAUAUAGGGUUGGAGGUGUACCCUCUAUGAACACAAUAUCAGAAUUGGA